GACUGGAGCACAUUAUAUAGCCUGAACAGAGCAGAAGUCUAAGCAGUCAGAAGACGAUAAGCAGAAAAAACAUCUCACUGACAGAAGACAACAUGUCCACACAAAGACAGACAUUCCUAAGGAAGGUUCUCACCUUCACAGUGACAGUGCUGCUUCUGCUGGCCACAACAGGAAAGUCUGAGGUGUUGAGUGAUGGCACGCUGACCACUGUGUCGCCCUCUUUCUUAAAUUCGUCUCUGACCUUCCAGACAGUCAACAGCACCACGGACCAAAGUAAGGUCCAGCUUUCAGUCAGGCCAUGUGGAGAUGAAAAUGAAAAAUACUGUUUAAAUGAUGGCAAGUGCAUCUACCCCCAAGACAGCCGCCGACCUUCCUGCAUCUGCAUGCCUUCUCACAGCGGCCCACGCUGCGAGAUCUUCACCGAUUUGACUUACCGACCAUUAACUGUGGACAAGGUUAUUCCCAUCUUCUUUGGAUGUGUCAUGAUCUUCAUCAUUCUGGGUCUUGUAUUCUGCUGCAUUAUCAAAAGGAGAUGCAUAAAAUCAGCACCUCUGAUAAAAGCCGCUGAAUCAGAGACUUCGGUGUGACAUCAUGAACUCCUCUUCACGAUGUUUCUGCACGACUUGAACUGGAUUUUAUUUUAUUACUUAAAGCGAGGUUUUAAGUGUUUUUUAAACUUGAGAUAUACAUAUUUUAAAAUAACAAUGUGAAUGCUGAAUUUUGUUAUGAACAGUUCCAUGAUAGUUCUGGCCUUGAAAGAAAUGA